ACGAGAAGCUAAAGCAGAGAGAGAGAGAGAGAGAGAGGGCAAUGAAGAAGCAAAGCAGACAAAGGAGAUAAAUGAGAGGGAGAGAUUGGUCGUACAAAGAUAUUCCAAUUAGGGUUUUAGGGAUAUUCUCUUCUUUCAAUGGCUGUUACCACCUGUCUGGACUUCAAUUUCAGUACUAAUACUCUAUCUUCUUCUUCCUCUGCUUCGUUCCUUUCUCGAAUUCACUUUCUUGGUGAGAAGAGUGGCGUUGGUGGAAGGAGAGGAAGUAGAAGAAGUAUUAACAGUAGCUUCGUUGCUCUUUCUACUCACUCAAACCCCAAAAUUCUCAAAUCAAAUAGAAGAUCUCGGUUUGGGCAAAGGCUUUCUCCGUAUGAUAGUGACGAUGAUGGUGAUGAUGGCGGUGGUGUUGGUUUUGAUGUUGAUAGCGAUGAUGAAUUUCCAGAGGAUUCUUCACCCUGGGAUGAUGAAUUUGCAGAAAUUGAAGAGUUCAGUGUUGAAUCACAAAGCUUUCAGUCAGACGAUGAAACAAACACAAAGCAAGGCGACCGCAGACAGCCAAAGAGGGAGUGGGAUAAUCAAUCAUUGAAAUCCAGGCAAGGUUUGAAAGUUAUGGGCAGCAGAUUUGAUACUGGAAACCGCAAGAACACCCAAGUGAAUAGAAAUUACCGUGAUGCUUCAAAUGGAAUGAAGGAAAUAGAUUCCAUUGAUAUAGAUGGCCGAGGAAAGAUGAAGUCCGGAAAAUCUACAGAGGGCAAGUACCGUCAACUGUCUGAUGAGUUAGAUCUGGAUAAGAAAUGGUAUCCACUUCUUGAUUAUCUGAGCACAUUUGGACUAAAGGAAUCACACUUCAUCCAAAUCUAUGAGAGACACAUGCCCUCUCUUCAGAUUAAUGUGGCUUCCGCACAGGAAAGGUUGGAAUACUUGUUGAGUGUUGGUGUCAAGCAUAGAGACAUCAGAAAGAUGCUUCUAAGGCAACCACAAAUUCUAGAGUACACAGUAGAUAACCUGAAGUCCCAUGUUUCAUUUUUGUUGGGUUUGGGUGUCCCAGACUCCAGAAUAGGGCAGAUAAUUGCUGCUGCUCCCUCCCUGUUUUCUUAUAGCGUUGAACACUCUCUAAAACCGACAGUCAGAUAUUUGGUUGAAGAGGUUGGUAUUAAGAGAGCUGAUUUGACCAAAGUUUUGCAGUUGAGCCCUCAAAUUCUGGUUCAACGGAUUGACAGUUCAUGGAAUGCUCGCUUGGGUUUUCUUUCGAAGGAGCUGGGGGCACCCAGGGAUUGCAUAGUGAAAAUGGUCACUAAACAUCCACAGCUUCUUCAUUACAGCAUUGAAGAUGGAAUACUGCCGAGGAUCAACUUCCUUAGGAGUAUAGGGAUGCGCAACUCUGAUAUUUUGAAAGUAUUAACUAGCCUAACUCAGGUACUCUCUCUUUCAUUAGAGAAGAAUCUUAAGCCCAAAUAUUCUUACUUGGUCAAUGAGCUUCAAAAUGAGGUGAAGUCCUUGACCAAAUAUCCCACAUAUUUAAGCUUAUCUUUAGAUCAGAGAAUUCGACCACGCCACCAGUUCUUGGUUGCUCUAAGAAAAGCUCCAGAGGGGCCAUUUCCUUUGAGUUCAUUUGUUCCAACGGAUGAAAGCUUCUGUCAUCAAUGGGCUGGAACUAGCUUAGACAAGUAUUUGGCUUUUAGGCAGAGUUUACUACUCAAGGAGUUCGCAAAGAAAUAUCAGAAAAAAAGAUAGCGAAUAUACAAUUUGCAAGUUGGUAUCAGUUCUGUUACCUGAAGGCAUUUGAAGGGGCUUGGAGGAAUCUCAAUCGAUUUCUGCAACCUCUAUGAUUAUUAUACAACAAUAUUCAACUCCAUGGUUAAGCUAGAUGUUGCUCCAGAUUUAUGUAUGAUGGCCAAACCUAAAAUUUUUUUCAGGGUUGUAGCUGUUUUCUGCUUGCAAAUAUCAGUGCCUCUCAAGGUUUUGAAGUUGCAAGUUGGGCGUGACUUGAGUGCCUUUUGAAGGGUACUAAUUUUUUUUUUUUUGUUCUAACUGUUCUCCUCGCCCCCUCCCUUUUUUUAAUUGUUAAACUUACUAAGAGAUUUACCUGUUUUUCCUUGACAAUUGUAAGUAAGAAGAGUAUAGUUUCUUGAAAUAUCAACUUUUUUCUUUCAACAUAAAUUUGUACUUGUUGAAAUGUUCCAUUUUUAUAUGAUGUUAUUUAUGGUA